CAUUCAUUCGCCUCCCUCUUUAGCAUGCCGAAAAUACAGUCUAGCUACUACUACAGUCUAAUUUAACAUUCAGUUUGGGUCAAUCAUAAAAACAAAAAAACGAUGGCGACAAACUGUCUUGUCGCUAGCAUGAACGCUUGCCGCCUCAAGCCCACGAUAACAACAACGCCAUAGUUGGACUUGACACGAGUAGUCGUCUUGCUUGCUAGCAUAAUGGUUUUCCUGCACUGGCGCAUUCUCUUCAGUCGAUUUUCCAAAUCGAAACCGCAAGCAGGUGUCGCGCAGCUGUGGCGACAGUGCGAGACCCGCGACAACUUCAUCCGAGAAAUUACACAAGCAAGACAUAACGGAAGUACCAUGGCUAAAAGAAUGUCGUCAAGUGCACCAGCUUCAAGCCAAGAUGGACCGAAGAGAGUUUCUGUUGAGGGAAACAUCGCUGUUGGGAAGUCAACCUUCACAAGACUCUUGGAGGCAACUUGUCCGGACUGGCAAGUGGUUGCAGAACCUGUCAGCAAAUGGCAGAACAUUGACAGCGGGACCUCAAAUGGGCCAUCUCCCCAGAAGACGGUGAGCAACCUGCUGGACAUGAUGUACCGGGAUCCUCAGCGCUGGUCCUACACCUUCCAGACGUACUCCUGCAUGAGCCGCCUGAAAACUCAGCUGCAGCCUGCUCCCGCUCGCCGCCUCCCCUCACGGGGAGCGCCGGUGCAGGUUUACGAGCGCUCCGUCUACAGCGACAGAUACAUCUUCGCCCUGAACAUGUACGAGCUGGGGUGCAUCAACGCGACAGAGUGGGCAGUCUACCAGGACUGGCACUCGCUCCUGGUGGAACAGUUUGGACACCGGGUGGCGCUAGAAGGCAUCAUCUAUCUCAAAGCACCUCCUGAGAAAUGUAUGGAGCGCCUGCAGCGGCGAGGGAGGCCCGAGGAGGAGAAUGUGCAGCUGGACUAUCUCCAUAAGUUACACGAGCAGCAUGAGAGGUGGCUUGUGGAGAAAACCACUGAGAUCCAUUUUGAGUCGUUGAAAAACAUUCCCGUGUUGGAGCUGGAUGCCAGUGUGGAGUUUCAGAGUGACCCAACAGCACAGGAGAACUUCAUCCGACAGGUGAAAGAUUUCUUCAAGGCAUUAUGAGGAGAGAGUCGUCCGCACGUGUGAUGACACCGGCAGAACUGUCAUGUAACAUGAAUCCUGGCAGAGACACAAGUUGAAAGAAUCAGUCAAUAGUCGACUAGCUGUAGUUAGUGUUGGACCACACCCUUUGAAGCGCACUGUUUUUAUUUAAAUGUUUACUUGCAAAACAGUUUGUUCUGUUAGACUCACUGCACAUUUAAUUAGAGACACACACAUACUAACUCCAAUUAGAUCCGAUAGAAGAGCUGCAUCUAAAUUAUGCCUUUACAAAGGUAAUGCCCACUUUUGAUUAAUACUGUUAUAGGUAUUAAUUAUUCAUUCAUUCAUUCAUCUUCCGUUCCGCUUAUCCUCACUCAUUAGUCUUAUUGCAAUACGCGAGGACCCAAAGCUAUUAGAAAUACGCAAUUGCACAGUAUAAACUGCAACUACAAAUGCAUGGUUGACGACCACACUGUGUUUCAAACAGCACAGAUAGUGUCAAAACAGCAUUAUUAUUUUUAUAAAGACAUAUUUUGGCUCUCAUUAUACAUAUGCAUCACACAAUAUUACACUUAGAUGCAGAUUAUCAUCACCCCCACUUGUGAUGGUAAUUUGAAAUAUCUGUUGCAUUACAUUUUGUGUGUUUUUAAUACAUUCCUGGAUGUUUAUCUGUUAAUAAAGUUUUCUCUUGUUUUCA